ACACGAGCACACUCACAUCACUGGGAGAUCAGAACUUCUAGCUGGCUCUCUGCUGCCACGGCUCCACCGAAGGGUGGGGGAGGAAGCGGAGGGAGCCUUGCCGGGGACUAACCCAGAGCUGAGAGCAGAGGCAGGUGUGUGCAGGUGCAUCACCCAGAUCAUGAGGUCAUCUCUCUCCUUGCUCCUCUCACUCCUCCUCAUCUUGGCCUCCUUGACCAAAGGUCAGCCAACAAGACGACCAAGACCCAGACCCAGGCCCAGGCCCAGGCCCAGGCCCACACCCAGAUUUCCUCAGCCCCACGAGCCAUCGGAGCCUACAGACCUGCCUCCUCCCCUCCCGCCAGGCCCUCCGUCUGUCUUUCCUGACUGUCCCCGGGAAUGCUACUGCCCCUAUGAUUUCCCAUCUGCCCUCUACUGUGACAGCCGCAACCUCAGAAAGGUCCCUGUCAUCCCACCCCGCAUCCAUUACCUCUAUCUCCAGAACAACUUCAUAACUGAGCUCCCGGUGGAGUCCUUCAAGAAUGCCUCGGGCCUGAGGUGGGUCAACCUGGACAACAACCGAAUUCGCAAGAUAGACCAGAAGGUGCUGGACAAACUGCCGAGCCUGGCGUACCUCUACAUGGAGAAGAACCAGCUGGAAGAGGUGCCCUCCGCCCUGCCCCGGAACCUGGAGCAGCUGAGGCUGAGCCAGAACAGGAUCUCCAGGAUCCCGCCCGGUGCCUUCAGCAAGCUGGAGCACCUGCUGCUGCUGGACCUCCAGCACAACGAGCUGAGUGACAGCGUCCUCAAGCCGGACACCUUCCGGGGCCUCAAAAGCCUCAUGCAGCUCAACCUGGCGCACAACGGCCUGCGAAAGAUGCCACCCAAGGUCCCCACAGCCAUCCACCAGCUCUACCUGGACAGCAACAAGAUCGAGACAAUCCCUAGCGGGUACUUCAAGGCCUUCCCCAACCUUGCCUUCAUUCGCCUUAACUAUAACAAGCUUUCCGACAGGGGGCUCCCCAAGAACUCCUUCAACAUCUCCAACCUGCUCGUGCUCCACCUGUCACACAACAAGAUCAGCAACGUGCCUGCCAUCAGCAGCAAGCUGGAGCACCUGUACCUCAACAACAACAGCAUCGAGAAGAUCAACGGGACCCAGAUUUGCCCUAACAACCUGGUCACCUUCCACGACUUCUCCUCGGAUCUGGAGAACGUGCCGCACCUCCGCUACCUGAGGCUGGAUGGGAACUACCUGAAGCCGCCCAUCCCGAUGGACCUCAUGAUGUGCUUCCGCCUGCUGCAGUCCGUGGUCAUCUAGGCCUUGCUCUGCCCAGGUCUCCUCGAUGGCACUUGAAUGCUGGUGGCCCGGGCGCUGUGCUCACCAUUCUUUUUCUCUAUCUCCCUGUCACUCUCCCAGCUUUGCCUUUCCUACCCAACCUUCCUGGGGCAGGAAGCUUCUAGAUCGUGACUUCCCAGGCCUUGGUUGGGUCCACCCAGCCCAAAGACACCUGUUGUAUACUUAAACUUCUGGCCCAGAAGCACAGAUGUCUGUUUGAGGAUUUUAUAGUCCCUUCUCUCCCUGUCUCCCCUGUCACUCCUGGGUAAGUCUGGGCCUGGACUGAUAUCUGGAUCUCGGUCCUGGUGAAGCAAGAAAAUGGUCGGGGGCAGCCCUGAGGUGAGGCUCAGAAAGUCCUGCAGGAGACUCCUCCUUCGUGGGCAGCUCUCACCCCAAAGCAUCAAAGCACCCAGGUCCCAUUGGCCAAGGAUCUGUCUUGCAAAACUGCUGCUCCACCAACUGUUUGCUGACACCGGACCUUGAACUGUCUCUCUGCCAGAAAGGACCUCAAGCUGGCUCUCUGCCAAGCUGUGUUCUCCAGAAAGGAAGUGCAAGGGCAUGGCCAAGGGAGGGCAGAGGGUCAGGGCUCCCACGAGGACAUCUGACCUAGUCUUCACGGGGAGCUGGGGCCUCUUUCUCCAGGUGAAUGCAGCUCACACCCUCCUAACUGGGCCUCUUUAUUCCAAGAGGAAGAGCAGAAAUGGCUCAGAACCUAGGAAUCAGCCAGGGAGAGAAGGGGGGAGUCAGAGCCUGGGAUAGGCCCAUGGGGAUGCAAAUGGGUGCUGCAGCUCCCCAGGCCACUCUGAACGAGAGGCCUAAUGCCUGGGGAACACAGUGUCCACAGCCGUGGCACAGAGCCACCAGCCCCGCCCUGCCAUCUGUUCUCUAUCAGUGUGGAUGACCCAAUCCUUUCUGUCCCCAGAAAGGUUCCUGAGAAACCCACAAGAAGGGGUGGGCACCUGGAAAUCUACCAGAAGCCUCUUCCACGUGUGCAAAUUGGCCUCCCCUCUAACAGACACAUCAGUGACACCUGGUGGCUGAUACAGGACACAGAUGGCUCCUCCUCCUCACCUCCCUGGGGGAGAUUUUCCAAGAUCAAGGACUUCCAACUUGAAGAGCCAGGGGCCAUGUGCAUGGUCUCCUCUCCUGUGGGGCCUAAAGGGCACAGAGCUACAGUGGCCCUGAGCUGGGAAGGAGGAGUGG